AUGGCGAACUACUACACCGCCGUGUCUCAGCUCCUCUGCUCGGCUGAGAAUCUGGUUCCUCCCGAAAUCUUUGGUACCGAGAUUCUCAACAUCAGCGCCUCCAUGGUCACCAAUUUCACGACCAGUGUUCCGGGAGACUUCAACAUCCAUCAUGGCCCGUUCGAAGUUGAAAACGUCGACUACUGCAACAUUACCGUCUCCUACACGCAUCCCGGCCAGGACGACAUGAUCACCGUCAUGGCUUGGCUUCCCACCGAGUGGAAUGGUCGCCUGCAGGCUGUUGGUGGCGGAGGCAUGGCCGCCGGACGUUUUCUGCUCUCCGAUGCUGCAAUGGCCGGUGCCGGAAGGCCGGCCACCGAAUGGGGCACCCUCAGCCCGGGCAACGCCAACCUCUACAUGUUGCAGAACUUGAUGACGAGCUCUCUCAACGAGCAAGCCAUCAUUGGCAAGAGCGUCGUCGACAGCUUCUACGGCCGGAAGCCCGAGUUCUCGUACUUCAGCGGCUGCUCGCAAGGCGGACGUCAGGGCCUCAUGCUUGCCCAGCGCUACCCUGACGCAUACGACGGCAUUGCGGCCUCGGCCCCGGCCAUCAACUGGAACGAGCUCGUCGUCGCCAAUUUCUGGCCGCAGCUCGUCAUGAACACGAUGGGCAAGUACCCGGCGCCCUGCGAGCUGUACGAGAUUGCCCUGGCGGCCACUGCCGCGUGUGAUGGACAAGACGGCGUCCUUGAUGGCCUAGUCUUCGAUCCCGCUUCGUGCGAGUUUGACCCCUUCGCCCUCGUAGGCACCACCUUCGACUGUGAUGGCACCCAAAUGGAAGUAUCCGAGGCCGCGGCCAUCGUGUCUAACGCCACGUGGGCGGGCCCCAGAUCCGUCCAGGGCGACUUCCAGUGGUACGGUAUAGCGCCCGGCGCAAACAUCACCGCCCUCAGCCAGUUUACGAUGGGACCCGCCACCACCAGGUGCGUGGGCAAUGGUACCUGCACCGGUGUCCCAUUCGACGUCUUCACGGAUUGGGCAUCUGUUUUCGUCGAGCGCAACCUGACCAUGGACUUCACCGCCCUGACGCGUGACGACUUUGACCGCAUCUUGGAGUCUGCGCUCGUUCAGUACUCUCACAUCAACGGAGACGACACCAACUUGGCACCGUUCUUCCAACGAGGCGGCAAGAUGCUGGGAUACCACGGCACGCUCGACCCCGUCAUCGCCAUCCAGGGCAGCCGGCGAUAUUACGACGCCGUCGCGGCCGUGGUCCCUGACGUUCACGACCACUACCGCCUGUUCGAAGCGCCCGGCAUGGGCCACUGCUACGGAGGACACGGAGGCCAGCCCGAGACCGCCUUCGAUGCCCUGCGGGCGUGGGUGGAGAACGGCACGGCGCCGGACACGCUGCCCAUCCGCUUCACCGACCCGAACGGAACGGUGAACAGCCGGUUUUUCUGCCCGUACCCGCGGAAGAUCAGGUACAAUGGACGGGGCGACACUGCACUUGAGACCAGCUACAGUUGCGAGGGCUAG